AUGGCGUUAUCAAUAACAAAGUUCUCAAGAGUUUGGUCCUCUUUAUUUAAUACGAACAACUUGAGAAAUUUAUCAACGACGUGCUCUAAUAACGCCAAAGUACGUUUUAAUUGGGAGGAUCCACUCGACUUAGAUGGACAAUUACACGAAGAUGAAAAAGCGGUUCGUGACACAUUUAAAGAUUAUUGCAACGAAAAACUAAUGCCGAGAAUAGUAGAAGCGAACAGGAAAGAAGUUUUUGAUCGAGAAAUUUAUAAGGAAAUGGGAGAAUUAGGUGCACUUGGAUGCACUAUUAAGGGUUACGGCUGUGCUGGUGUAUCAUACGUAACUUAUGGAUUAAUUACAAGAGCAUUGGAUGGUGUGGACUCAGCUUAUAGAUCAGCUAUGAGCGUACAAAGUAGUUUAGCUAUGGGGGCUAUUUAUAUGUAUGGGACUGAAGAACAGAAGCAAAAAUUCCUGCCAAGGAUGGCCAAAGGUGAAUUAAUAGGGUGUUUUGGAUUAACUGAACCGAAUUUCGGUAGUGAUGCUGGAGGACUUGUGACAAAGGCUAAAUACGACUCUAAAUCAAAAAGUUUUAUACUUUCCGGUUCAAAAACUUGGAUUACGAAUUCGCCAAUAGCAGACGUUUUAAUAAUUUGGGCGAAGGAUGAAGAAAAAAAUGUAAGGGGAUUUAUAGUUGAGAGGGCACAAGUCAGUAAAGGUCUCGAUACGCCUCGAAUCGACGGUAAAUUUUCUUUGCGAGCGUCUGCGACGGGCAUGAUAUUGCUCGACGAAGUUGCUAUACCGGAGGAAAAUUUAUUGCCAAACGUGGUCGGUUUAAAGGGACCUUUCGGAUGUCUCAAUAAUGCCCGGUAUGGAAUCGCUUGGGGCGCUCUCGGUGCAGCUGAAACAUGUUUGCGGAUCGCCCGACAGUACACAUUAGAUAGAAAGCAAUUUGGGAGGCCGCUUGCUUCAAACCAACUUAUACAAAAAAAGAUGGCUGACAUGAUUACGGAGAUAAGUAUUGGUUACCAGGCAUGCUUACAGGUCGGACGCUUGAAAGAUAAGGACUUAGCAGCGCCCGAAAUGAUAUCGUUAAUUAAAAGGAAUAGUUGCGGUAAAGCUUUAGAAAUUGCUAGAGUUGCUCGAGAUAUGCUGGGAGGAAACGGUGUUUCGGAUGAAUACCAUGUUAUAAGGCAUGUGAUGAAUCUUGAAGCUGUUAAUACGUAUGAGGGUACACAUGAUAUUCAUAGCUUAAUUUUAGGCAGAGCAAUUACUGGAAUUGCUGCAUUUUAA